UAUUAGUAUCGUUUAAACUUUUAAAAGUCAAGUAUAUUGUACUAAACCUCUCUCUUCCAUAUCGUCUUGUACCGAUUGGUGUAUUUUAAUUAAACAGGAGGAUAAUCAAUUCCACCGUGUUGAACGGGAUAUCAGAGCGCGCGCAACAAUAUCAUAUGGACAAAAAUCAAUUUUGAAGUCUGCGGUUCUUUAUCAGUAUACUGUGACUGUGUCUGCGGCCAGAAUUCAGGUUCUAAUUUAUAAAAAACAAUGUUAUCCAAGCUGGUUAAACCUGUUGGUAGGAAUCCAUUACCUAUCGAAAAUAUACUAAAACUAGCAACAUGUCGAGGAAAUGCCAGUGUUGCCAAUCUUGUACCCGAAGAACCUUCUGGACCUUCAAUGAAAACCGAUAUACCUGGGCCUAAAAGCAAAGAAUUAAUGAAACAACUGAGUAAUGUCUAUAACCUUGGUUCCACCCAGUACCUAGUGAAUUAUGAGAAGUCAUCUGGUAACUACUUAGUUGAUGCUGAUGAUAAUAUUAUGUUAGAUACCUACACGCAAAUAUCGACGUUGCCACUGGGAUACAAUCAUCCAGCGUUAUUGAAUGUGUUCCAUGAUGAACACAAUUUGAAGAGUCUUAUAAAUAGACCAGCGUUGGGGGUAUAUCCUGGCAUAGACUGGCCUCAAAGAAUGGAAAAUAUUUUCAAGCAGGUAUCUCCCAAACUCCCAAAAAUUACACCAAUGAUGUGCGGAGCAUGUUCCAACGAGAAUGCGAUAAAAACAUCGUUUAUAGCAUAUAGAAUGAGGGAAAGGGGCGAUAAAGAUUUUACCGAUGUUGAAAAAAAAUCGAGCAUAAUGAACCAGCUGCCAGGAUGUCCAGAGAUGUCUAUUUUGUCGUUUAAGGGCGCUUUCCAUGGAAGAACUGUAGCUACGUUAUCUUGCACACAUUCAAUGGCUAUACAUAAACUAGACGUUCCCUCUUUUGCCCACUGGCCAAUAGCAACGUUUCCCAUGUACAAAUAUCCACUGGAGGAAAACCGUAGAGAAAACGAGGAAAUAGACAACAAAUGUUUAGAAGAAGUAGAAGAUCUUAUCGAAAGCCACAAAAAGACUUGUCCUGUAGCUGGUCUAAUUAUUGAACCGAUUCAAUCAGAAGGCGGUGAUAAUCAUGCUUCACCAGAAUUUUUCCAGAAGUUGCAAAAAAUCUGCAAAAAGAAUGGCGUAGCACUCAUCAUCGAUGAGGUUCAAACAGGAUGUGGACCUACUGGAAAGUUUUGGUGUCACGAACAUUUUAAUUUGCCAAACCCUCCAGAUAUCGUUACUUUCAGUAAGAAAAUGCAGAUGGCCGGGUUCUUCCAUUCAGACGAAAUUACCGUGAAGCACCCCUCUAGGAUUUUUAACACUUGGAUGGGAGAUCCAGGUAAAACAAUUCUUCUAGAAGCCAUUCUCGAAGUGAUUAAAACCCAAAACUUACUGGACCAAGUCAAUAGAUCAGGAAAGCGAAUGUUAGAAGGAUUGGGACAAUUACAAAAAGAAUUUCCAGACAUGCUGCAUUCUCUAAGGGGCAAGGGAACCUUUAUUGCUAUCAACGCGAAUGGUAGCGAAUUAAGGGAUAAGAUUAUAAAGAAUUUGAAGAAAAACGGUGUGCAAAGUGGUGGAUGCGGAACAGAAUCCAUUCGUCAUAGAACAGCUCUCAUAUUUAAAGAAAAACACGCUGAUGUCUACUUGGAUAUACUAAGGAACGUAGUAAAAGAUCUUAGUAAAGAAAAGAAGAGAAAUUAAAAUGAGCACAAAUACCUCUGUCACAAUCUUGUUUGGCUGUAUAUAUUUUAGGAAACCCACUGAGCUGUGCAAAUAAUAAUAUUCGAGAAGUCGUUACUUAAAUUUUGAGAGUAAUAACUAAAUAGGGAAAAAAUAUUCUUCAUGAAGAUGCAUUUACAUUUGCAUGUGUUCCAAAUACUUUUAGUCAAAAAUUGUUGCGAUGUCAAUUGGUACCAAAUCAGGACUAAAUAAUGGCAAAUCCUUCAAUUAGAUGUUAUGGGUUAACAUGGUCACUUUUUUAACAAUUUUUUUGAAGUAGUGAUGCCAAGAUCUAGGUUUGCUGUUUAGUUGUUUAUAAUCUUCCCUACAAAAGAUGGCAAGCUCUUUGCCAAUCGCGGCAGAUUUUAAAAAAAUUGCACAAUAAUUCGCUCACUCAUUCACAAUUGCACAAUUUGUAAAAAUUAUUCAAAAAAAUGUCUGAUAAAAGGUUUGAACCCACAAAAGUUAAGUAGCAUUUGUCGUAUAUUAUAAUAUAAUUAUGUAAUAUAUAUAGCUAGAUAGAAAAGUAGGUUCUUAAAACCGACCAGUCUUUUCAGUAGUAAUGUUAUAGAUUUUCUCGAAUUCAUCGAAUUUGACCAGGAUUCUCUCCUUCUUUCCUUUUAUACACCCCAUUUUCGGUAUUUUUCUCGUCCGACUGUUAUUUUCUUCACCUGUGUCCAUUUAUUCGUGAGUCUCUCGUCUCCCAGGUCUAAACUCCUCUUCUUCAUUACUUCUUUCUUCGAUUUCUGUCAUGCAAGUUUCUUGCAUCCAUAUUUUCUCCCCAAUGAGCUGAAUUCAAUAAACUUGUAAGAUCGGGCAGUUCAUUUUCAUCUUCUCCAACUGCUAGUUCUUCACAAUACAAUGUUUUAUGUCGCUCUGCUUUACCUUCACUUGCAAACGCUAGAGUCCGAGCUGAAAGAGAUUUCUAGAAGAGCCUGAAAUAAAAAUCAAUGAAGAUUUUGGAAAUCCUGCAUAAAAGCAUUCAUCAAUGCCCUAUCUGUAUAUAUAGAGUAGAGAGGGCGAAUCAAGUCCCACAGCACUUAGGCUACAAUUGACCCAUUGUGCUUCCUCCCAAGGGGUUAUCGUCCUUAGCUCAUUGUCCAUCCUGUAUUUUCCAGGAAGGUUAACAAAUCACCAGGUGACAUCUCCCCUAUGUCGGCAGGUGUAGGCCAAGGUUCGCCAAACGCAUACUCUCGAAUUGACGAUAACUCUGACAUGGACAUAGGACAUACUCGCCAGUUUCGUAUUUUCGUUCACACUUUAUGCACAGAGGUGUGUCUACUAGCCCCAGUCUGUGGAGGUGUUUGUUAUGGCUAUACAAUGGCUAGUUAAAAACCAACUGUCAAGCGUAGUUUUUUUCUGGUGAUUCUCAAAUAUUUUUCUGAUGCUGAUUUUCCAAGGUUCCUUAGUGUUACCUUGACAAGUCUACAUCCUGGCCCUUCUUCCCAUCUUUCACGAUUUGCUUGUGGGAGUGACAUUUUACAAUUUCCACGAUUGUUGUAAUUGACCAGCCAAAAAGAUCACCAGACCCUAAGAGUCUCAGGCCAGUUGCCUUUCUAGCUAGCUGGCCAGCAAUGCGGUUGCCUUUAUUUUCAUUGUGUCUUUUAACCCACCUCAAGAUGAUUAUUACCAACCGAAGCUUGGGCUAAGAGCUUGAGCUUCAUCAAUGCUAAGAACGGUUUGUAUGACUUAUAUCUAGCUUUAUAUAAUGCAAACUUCUCACCUCAUAAUAAUGUUGUCUUCCAAAAAGUGUCAUUUAUUUUAAGGUACUAAAAAGAGUUUUAAGAUAUUUUUAGCAUAGUUCGUAAAAGAUAAAUGUUUAAUGUUGAAUUUAAGUGAAAUUGUUCAAAUAUAUUAUUUUUAUUAGUG